ACAAACGUCACAACAAUUACACAAUUUCCAAGUUAUGUAAUUUUUAAUGCAUCUUCUUUAAAUGGACGCUUCUAAUCAAACGAUAGUAAAAUAAAGAGUUUUUGUUAUGAAAGCUCUUAUGUUUUUUCUCAUUAUUAUAAAUAAAAACAUUCCAUAAUUAUUUAGUGUAUGUAAUGUUGGCUGUACGAAGGUAUAGGUAAACUAAAAACAUGGCUGGUUAAAAUUGUAGUAAUUAGGCUAAAAUAAUCACUAUUGCUUUUACUAGAAAAACCGAGUAAAAAAUGACUGGUCUCCGAGAAAUAUUCCAAUGUUUAUAUAGCCCACGACUGUAUAGAGUGUACGAUGCAAGCCGAGUAGAUAGUGUCUACGUUCCAGGCCAUUUAGAAAAAUGGGGAGACCAGAUCAUACAUUCCCUGUUUGUGAUGUGGAACGUGGGGCUGUACACGUCGCCUAUCCUGGCAACGGUGCUGUACCGGCGAGGCUACUUCGUCGUCGACGGCGCCAUAACCAUCGCCAAGUUCCUGACGGGGGUUGGCCUGGUGCUGGCGGCCUCAGUCUACAUGCGGGGCGUGGGGCGUGCCCUCAACCCCACCUACACCACCUUCCUGGCCGUGCUGUCAGCAGCAAGGAAGCAGCUCAACAAGGACACCAAGAAAGCACUGAUGUCCUAUGACUUUGAGUUUCAUGAUUGGCCUGUAGAGUUCCGUUGGGAUGAUGUGGAAGAGGCAAAGACUCGGCAAUUUCGAGACUGGCAAUUGGGCCGUCGCUCCACCUGGGACUUCAUCAUAGGCCUACCGUGCCACCUGGCAAGUUUCAUGGUUGCACACUCGUUUGGUCUGAAGCUUGUCUACCCGGGUUCCAUAUCCUUACUUCAGUAUGCAAUGUCAACUUUCCUUCAGGAAGGCAGAAUGAAGCUGGUUACAGAGCAAGGCGGUGAGAGGUUCAAACUCCGUGCGCGAGAUGGAAACGUUAUUGAUUCAAUGUUUGUGGACAGGAGAAACAAAUACGAGAAUGGCAGUAUUCUUGUAAUAUGCGCUGAAGGAAAUGCUGGCUUCUACGAGAUUGGAAUCAUGGUGACACCCAUUGAAGCAAAUUAUUCUGUUCUGGGGUACAAUCAUCCAGGUUUUGGAGGUAGCACUGGUGUGCCGUUUCCCAGCCAGGAGCAGAAUGCCAUAGAUGUCGUGAUCCAGUUUGCGAUACACAAGCUGAACUUUCAGCCGGAGAACAUCUUGCUGUUUGGCUGGAGCAUCGGUGGUUACUCAGUUUCGUGGGCGGCUUUGGAGUAUCCUAAUGUCCGUGGCGUGAUCUUGGAUGCGACAUUUGACGACAUACUACCCCUGGCUACGGCACGCAUGCCACGCUUCCUGGAUCCGAUUGUGAAGAGGACAAUACGAGACUUCAUUAACUUGAACAACUACCAGCUUCUCAUGCACUACCCUGGACCGCUCUUGCUGGUCAGGAGGACGGAAGAUGAAGUCAUCUGCACGGAAGAGCAGCUGCUGUCGUCCAACCGAGGGAACAGCCUCCUAGUGAAGAUUCUGAGGCACAGGUACCCAGGGAUAGUCGACGGCGAGCGGUACACUCUGAUACAUGAGUGGCUGAGUGUUGAUUCAGCCCAGCAAGUUGCGAUGUGGAACAGGUAUCGAGUGAACGAGGACCGGUGUACUUCCAUGCUGGUCUCAUACAUAGCAAAACACUCGACCGAGUAUCCCAUGCAUGUGGGCGAAGGCUUCGACAGCAGUUUGAAGAGCCAGAUGGCACUUUUUCUUGCUCAGAAAUACCUUGUGGACUACAAGUCUUCUCACUGCACACCACUCCUGGCAAACAUGUUCAGGCAACCGUGGGACAUAUCUUCAGACCUCGACUAUGUCAAGGUUUGAUCAUCGCGGUCCCUGCCUUCUGGAUUUCAUUUGUGUAAAAUUUGUGACAGCUACAUACAGUGUUGCUUUGUGGUGCAGAAUAAAGCUAUUUUGAUUCCUAA